GCGCAGCAGCCCCGAGCGGCGUGGCGUGCGGGUUCCCGGCUGCGUCCUUACUCCCUGGUGCCGAGGGUGUUGUGCGGCUGCCGAGCGGUGGGAGGGUUGCCGCGGGGGUCGUUCAGGGUAGGAGGGUAGGGAUUGUCGGUGGGACCACCGAAGCUUGUGGGGUUCGAGCUGGGGGUCUUGGGGGCGUCCGGAUCCCCAGACACCGCCCCUCCCCCUGCUUGAUGGGCCGCUUCCCUUGCUCUGCGUCCGCGCACCGGCCCCUCCGCGGUCUCUCUCUUGCCUUGUCCCUGCCCCCACUCGCGACGGGGCCUGCCGCGGCUGCAGCAUUCGGACACAGCCGGUCGUCGCGCCGGCGGCCUGGAAGGAGUCCGUAUUUAAGUCGGAGAUCCCCGAGGGGGUGCGCCCACGCACAGCGCAGAGGGAAGGGCGCAAACCCGGUGACUUCCGAGCCGUCCGCGUAAUGGCUUUGCAAGCGAAAAUCUGAAAAAAGGCUGAAAACUGUGGUUGGAGCUCAAUAGGAAAUUACAUAUAAAUCCCGACUGUGUUUCAGCCAGCUCUUUCCACAGAGAGCAGACUGAUACUUGAAGAAGUUUUUCAUUUCUCCAAGAAGAAUACGAUGUAUCUUCCGCAAGCUUCACUUUUAUUCUUAAAUACAUUUAUUUUUAUUUGUGGAGAAGUUACACAAGGUACCCGUGUACAUCAUUCUACGGAUUCUCCAUCAGUGAACGUUGUAGAAGGUGUAUCUGAUGCAAAAGAUGGGAGUAAAAGUGAUGAUACUCUUUAUAAGGGAGACUGUGAGGAGUCAUGUGAUGAUAAAAUUAAAAUCACGCGAGAAGAAAAACAUUUUAUGUGUAGAAAUUUGCAAAAUUCUAUUGUUUCCUACACCCGGAGUACCAAAAAGCUGCUGAGAAAUAUGAUGGACGAGCAACAGAGUUCCUUGGAUUAUUUAUCCAAUCAGGUUAACGAGCUCACGAACCGGGUCCUCCUCCUGACCACAGAAGUCCUCCGAAGGCAGCUGGAGCCUUUUCCUCACAGGCCGGUGCAGUCACAUGGUUUAGAUUGUACGGAUAUUAAAGAUACCAUUGGUUCUGUCACCAAAACCCCAAGUGGUUUGUAUAUAAUCUACCCGGAAGGAUCUAGUUACCCAUUUGAGGUAAUGUGUGAUAUGGAUUACCGAGGAGGUGGAUGGACUGUGAUACAGAAAAGGGUUGACGGGAUCGUUGAUUUCCAAAGGCUCUGGUGUGAUUAUCUGGAUGGAUUUGGUGAUCUUUUAGGCGAAUUUUGGCUAGGACUAAAAAAGAUUUUUUAUAUAGUAAAUCAGAAAAAUACCAGUUUUAUGCUGUAUAUUACAUUGGAAUCGGAAGAUGACACCGUUGCUUAUGCGUCAUAUGAUAACUUUUGGCUAGAAGACGAAACAAGAUUUUUUAAGAUGCACUUAGGACGGUAUUCAGGAAAUGCUGGCGAUGCCUUCCGGGGCUUCAGAAAAGAAGAAAACCAAAAUGCCAUGCCUUUCAGCACGUCGGACGUGGAUAAUGAUGGCUGUCGCCCCGUGUGCCUGGUUGGGGGUCAGUCCGUGACAAGCUGCAGUCACCUGAGGAACAACACCGGCUGGUGGUUCAGCCAGUGUGGGCGAGCGAACCUGAACGGCAUUCAUCGCUUCCCCGGAAAACCGCUUGCGGCUGGAAUCCAGUGGGGCACCUGGACCAGAAACGACUCACCAGUCAGGAUUAAAUCUGUUUCAAUGAAGAUCAGAAGAACUUACAAGCCUUAUUUUAAGUAAUCUCCUUUCCAACUGUGUGUAUUGCGUAGAUAUUUUUGAUAAUACAGAAGGGAUUUUACGUGGUUUCUCUUUUUUACUGUUUCAAACAUUUCAGCCAAAAUUUGACUAUAGAUGACAUCUAGGUGUUAAGGGUUUAAUUAGAAAUCUUUACUUUUGUAGAGUUUUAUAAAACAUGGCUCAAUGUAUGCUUUUACUACUAAGUGCAUUAACAAUCCGUAAUA